GUAUUCAACCUUGCUACUAUGCAAUUGCAGAAAUCACUGUAGUACAUCAUCACCAACAUCAACAUCAAUAGGAAAAGAAACUGACCCUGACACAGUGGACUGAGUGGGCCGAUGAUGAUGUGAUAUUUGUGAUUGGCACGACCUCAUCCGAUCGACCCGUGGACGUCGUCAUUCCAUGUUUUACUGGCCACUGUGGAUAGAAUCGAAUUGAUUGUUGCAGACUGCAGUACCUGUAACUUACGGAGUACCUGGAUCUAUUUAUGGUGUGUUGGCAGUGUAACAACAUAUAAAGAGAUCAAUCUCCAGUCUCUCUCUCUCUGCUUUCAUCAAUCAUCUCAUAUAACCCAUAACUCAUAACUUAUACAUUUAACCACACCUAAACAAAAACCAAACAACCAAGAAACGAGAAAGCAAAAAUGCAACUCCUCCACCUCACAGCCCUCCUCCUGGCAACCUCCGCCUACGCCCAGGAUAACAACAACAAUGGAAAUGCAAUCGAUUCCCUAGUCUCCGCAGCCAACAACGUCGCCUCCGACGGCCAAAACGUCGCCUCCAACGUCGCUGCCGACGCAACCUCCAUCGCCUCCGCCUUCGAAACCGGCGGCGCGGCAGCCGUCUCCUCCCUCACCUCCGACGCCGGCUCCGCAGCCUCAAACGUCCAGUCCUGGGCGACCUCCGUCGCGUCCGACGCGCAGUCCCGCGCUUCCGAUGCGGCCAGCAGGGCUUCGUCUGCUUGGAGCGAGCAAUUGACCACCUUGACCGGAACGAAUGGGACGCCGACGGCGACGGAGACGAGGUCGGUUAGUGAGACUACCAGCUCGACUACUGCUACCCUGACGGAUACUACGACCUCCACGAGUGGGUCGUUGACGACUACUUUGACCCGCACAAGUACUAGUGCCGGGGGCGGGUGCGCAGGCUACCCCGUUCCUUGGGCGGGAAUUGUGGGUGUUGCUGGUGUGUUGGGUGUUAUGGCUGCCCUGUAG